GGGCCGGCGUGAGUCAGCUCUGCUGGGCAUUUGGCCCCCGCAAACUGUGAUCAGAGACAUAGCCCCCUCCCCCUUCUCUCCCUUCUGAGAUGGUCAGCACACACCAUCCUCUUCAACUGGGCAGAGCGCCCCGAACUCAGGACACACUGGCGCCACCUGUUCCUUCGCCUCCCAUAAAAUCUGCUGAAGAGCUUGUGGGGGCUUGGGACCUGUGCCCUCUGGAGGGAUUUCACAGAUCCACUCCACCCGGCGAGGAGGAAACUGCCAAGUAGGAGACAGGGAGCAAAGUCCUACCGCGGGGCAAAAAGAGACGCGCGUCUGCAGCGGCCGGGCAGCGCGGAAAGGCCGGCCACCAGGGAAGCGCCGCUCCCAGCCGGGCUGCCAUGGACGCCCUGGUCCGGCUCCUGCAGCUGCUGGUGCUGCUCCUGACCCUGCCCCUGCACAUCAUGGCUCUGCUGGGCUUCUGGGAGCCCCUGUGCAAGAGCUAUUUCCCCUACCUGAUGGCCGUGCUGGCGGCCAAGACCAACCGCAAGAUGGAGGGCAAGAAGCGGGAGCUCUUCAGCCAGAUAAAGGGGCUUGCGGGGGCCUCGGGCAAGGUGGCCCUGCUGGAGCUGGGCUGCGGCACUGGUGCCAACUUCCAGUUCUACCCAUCUGGCUGCAGGAUCACCUGCCUGGACCCGAACCCCAACUUUGAGAAGUUCCUGACAAAAAGUAUGGCCGAGAAUAGACAUCUCGAGUAUGAACGGUUUGUGGUGGCUUUCGGAGAGGACAUGAAGCAGCUGGCCGAUGGCUCCAUGGACGUGGUGGUCUGCACCUUGGUGCUCUGCUCAGUGCAGAGCCCGAGGAAGGUCCUGCAGGAGGUCCAGAGAGUGCUGAGGCCGGGAGGAUUGUUCUUUUUCUGGGAGCACGUGGCUGAGCCGCGUGGGAGCUGGGCCUUCCUGUGGCAGCAAGUUGCAGAGCCCACCUGGAAACACAUCGGGGAUGGCUGCCGCCUCACCAGAGAGACCUGGAAGGAUCUGGAAAGUGCCCAGUUCUCCGAACUCCAAAUGGAACGCCAGCCCCCUCCCUUCAAGUGGUUGCCUGUUGGGCCGCACAUCAUGGGGAAGGCCGUGAAGUAAGCCUUCCCCAAAUCCUGCCUGCGGUCGGAAUGAUCCCACCCAUCUGCUGAGUCUGCCUUCUCCUGAGAGGAUCUGGGCAGAGAGAAGCCAUUCCCCCCACCACCCC